CCUCCUCUAAAUACCUAGACACGCAACUCUUCACCACACUAGCACGCUGUCGCUAAACUAAUAGUCACAUGGCUAUCCUGCCUCGCUGUUGGCCCCUUCCUAUGUGGUCGAUGACUCCACAGCUUCCGUGUAUAUCUUUCUACCUUACGGACCCAGCUAGCUUCCUCACCAACCCCAAUACAAUAUAUUCUCCCUUCUUGCAAACCGAGCUGCGCUAUCCUAGCGUAAUAUUUCCGGCGCGCUCGGCUCCUUCGAUCUCGACAUCCCAGAGGCAUAAGCGCUUUGGCCGUUUGUAACAUUAUGGCUCCUCUGGAGUCAGGGCUAAUCAAAUCUGCUACCAGCUUUCCCCCAAUCCGCGCCUGCAUUUUCGACAUGGAUGGGCUUCUUAUCAACUCCGAAGACAUAAUUACUGAUUGCACGAACCGACUUCUAGAAAAGUACGGAAGGCCUGCCCUUACUCGGUCGAUUCGAGUCCAGCUCAUGGGCGUCCCAGACUCAACAAACGGCGAUCAAUUCGCCCGCGAACUAGCCGACCAAUGCCAAUCUCAUUUCCCGAGUUGCGAGCCGUUGCCUGGUGCGAAAAAGCUUCUGUCGGAUCUCAGUCAUACACGAAGUACUCCUUCAGGGGACAGAAUUAAGCUGGCAUUAGCAUCUAGCACUAAGAGCCAUACCUACGCUUUGAAAACAUCAAGGCCGGAAAUAAAGCAGCUGCUAGAUUUCUUCCAGCCCGACCGGCGGAUCCUGGGCGAUGGCGCACGAGUACGACAAAAUCGAGGGAAGCCGGCGCCUGACAUAUAUCUAGUCGCGUUGCAGUCGCUGAAUUCGGCGACCGACGCGGACGAGAAGGUCAUCAUGCCUAAUGAAUGUUUGGUCUUUGAAGACAGUGUGGCGGGAGUAGAGGCUGGAAGACGAGCUGGGAUGAGGGUUGUUUGGGUCCCGCAUCAAGAUGUGGCGGCCGAAUAUGAAACCACGCAGAAGCAUGUGCUGGCUGGGAGGACGAAGACGAGUGCGCUCGGAGACGACUGGCAGCUAGGGGAAAUUGAUGACGGCUGGGCUGAAAGCAUACCGAGUCUGGAAAGCUUCGAUUACAAAAAGUAUGGAAUCGAUGUUCUCUAAUGAACCUGAUGUAGGGCAUCAAUAAUGGCGACAGGAACAAUUUUGACGAAGCAGCCUUCAUGAUGGGCGUCAUAUCAACAAGAACAGUAGUCGCAGCCUCUGAGAGAAGGAACAGGCCGAAGUAGGGUCGCCUCAAAGAAUUGGCCCUUGAGGAAGGUAGUUAAGAAGACUACGGGCUUGUAGCAUCCAUUCUCCAAUGUCAGCAUAGUUGUUUCCCGGGAAGACUGAGGUGCUCGAAUAUCUCCUUGAGAGCGAGAUUAUUGCGCGGGUGUAGUUUUCGGGCGUAACCGUCGAGCCACGGUUUAGUUAGGUUAUGCAAUGCUGAUAAGCGAUAGUAUGAAACCUUACCUCCAG